UUCCUGUAAAUAACAUAUAAGUCAAAAUAUAAAUUUGUUCUGAGAGUAGAGACAGAAUCACUUUCUUCUGGUAGCUGUUAAUCCAAACCUUCGAGAAAAUGGUAGUAAUCGAUCACCACGAGACUGACGAUCGAAACGCGAUUCUCUCCAACGCCACUACAAUCGACGACGCUUCCGACGGCUUUGAAACCGCCAGUGACACCGAUCUCGACAGCAACGUCGACGCCAAUGACGGCAGUGCAAUCAAACAGGAAGAACAAGAUAAUCUUCAGCAACAGAACCAACAGAGUGAUCAACAGCAGGAACAGAGUGAUACUCAGAGAAUCAUUUCUUCUGACGAUGCAUCGAUCAACAAUGAAGAACUGAUACAGAAAGCAUUGGUUCAAGCAAAUGAAGCAAAGGCAGAAGGGAACAAACUUUUUGUAGAUGCAAGGUAUGAGGAGGCAUUAACACAAUAUGAACUUGCUUUGCAAGUUGCACCAGACGCGCCUUCAUCUGUGGAAAUACGCUCAAUAUGCCAUGCAAACCGUGGUGUGUGCUUUCUGAAAAUGGGAAAAUAUGAAAACACAGUUAAAGAAUGCACCAAAGCAUUAGAAUUGAAUCCCAUGUAUGUCAAAGCUUUGGUAAGAAGAGGAGAGGCCAAUGAAAAGCUUGAGCAUUUUGAAGAAGCCAUUGCUGAUAUGAAAAAGAUCUUAGAAAUUGAUCCCUCAAAUGAUCAAGCUGGGAAAACCAUCCGCCGGCUAGAGCCCCUUGCUGCAGUAAAACGGGAAAAGAUGAAGGAAGAAAUGAUUGCAAAACUGAAAGAUAUGGGCAACUCUCUCUUGGGUCGCUUUGGGAUGAGCGUUGACAACUUUAAAGCAGUCCAAGAUCCAAACACUGGUUCCUAUUCCGUCUCAUUCCAACAGUAAGUUUGGUUGAGCAAAGUCGUGACAACAUUGGUUUUGAGACUUUUUGUUGUUCAUGCAAGUCACUAGGAAAAUUCAGAUGUUCAUGUAUAUUGUACUAGAACUUAAGCAUACAAAUAUAUUUCCUUCAAAGGGUAUUGGUUGAUUGAUUCAUCAUGUGAAGGGGAUUGAUAACAAAUAAGUCUUUAAUAGUCUUUUUGGUAAAAUAUCAAGUUGGUCAUUUUGUAUGAUUUGAACAUCUUAGCAAUACUUCUAUUUAAGCUAAUAUUUUUGAGGGAAUCUAA